UUAUUGUGCCAUAAAUAUUCCGAAGACAUUGUGUUUCAAAUUAAUGUGGACAUCAAUUUUUCAAUAAUAAAAAUCAUCCUGCCAUUUACAAAUCAAAUCAAAUUGAAACACACUAGAUAUGCUUUACCGUCAAUGUUAUGUUGUUUGUCAAAUAUUCAUUAUUUUUUCAAUUUGUGUCCCAAGGUUUUGGAUCCUCCAUUAUGCAAACUGUUUCAGUCGCAGUUCUGUUGCAAUAUUUCCCGGAUAAUUUCGCUUUCAUGAACGGGGUGAGUUUGAUAGGAGGCCCUGUGGGUAUGAUGAUCGUCCCUCCCGUGGUUCAGCAACUGAUCCAGCUGUAUGAUUGGCGAGGUGCUCUUGCUCUUCUUGGUGCUAUGACGGCAAAUUAUUGCGUCUUCGCUGCUCUGGUAAGACCUCUGCGUACCAGAAACUCCUACACACCGAUAGCUGAUGGUGAGCCGAGCUCUUCAACUAAUCCACUUCCCAACGAAUCACUUUGGCACAAAUUGAGACAAACGUUUGGAAUAAUAAGUGAUAAACUUUGCCUCCAAAUGUUCGUUGAUGAACCGGGAUUUGUUACCCUCCUGUUCGUUAGUUUCCUCGAUGGUAUCUUGUUUGGUGGUUGGCAUAUCUUUCUCAUCCCGAAUGCUAUUGCUCUGGGUUUCAAUGAGACAAGGUCAUCAUUCCUUGCUACUUUUGCCGGCUUUGGAACCAUACUUGGGCGCGUUUUGUCCGGAUUUUUAAUCGACCAAGGACUGCUGCAAGCACAUAAUCUCCUCGCUGUGUCAUCUUUCCUGCUGGCCUUGGUGUGUCUCCUUGAUCCUAUCGCUGCACCAUCAUAUGAGGCAGUUGCUGCUCUCGCCACUCUUGGUGGGUUUUGCUUUGGAGUAAUCUUUCCAUUAUUGAUAGUCUUGUCGGUUAAUUUUCCUGAAAAGAGAAUAGUGUCUGCCCUAUCUUGGAUGUUUUUAUUCACUGGUUUCGGAGCGUCAGUAGGAGGUUUCAUUAUCGGUUGGUUAUAUGACGUGACUGGUGACUAUGGAGUUGCUUUCUGCACGAUGGGAGUCAUUUCUGCUGUCAUGGGGAUGUUGUCUGUGACGUUGAGACCUACUUGCUUUCCAUGUAAAACUCAGAAUCGGGCGUUGGAUUAAAGGAACCCAAGGCCAGGUGAAAUUUCAGUUCCGGUCAAAAUUGAGUGUCCUAUUGAAAACCUAUCACGGAAGCGUUUAAUAGCAUUAUGUAUUUUCGUUUUCAUCUGGGUGCUACUGUCAUUGAUUCAGUAUAUUAAUCUGUCACACAUCCACAAGUACCUUACUCGCAAGACGACCGAAUGAUAGGUUCACUCUCUCAUAUCUUCUCGACUGGACUUUGAUAACUCUAGCCUGAUGUACUCUACCAUAUUAUCAAAUCCAUCGCCUUCAGCGCCUUCAGAACUCCGCCGCCAGAUUAGUUACACUUACCAGAAGAUCUUCGCACAUAUCCCAUGUCAUCAAUGAACCUCACUGGCUUCCUGUACAUCAACGGAUAGUAUUCAAGGUGUUGGCUCUGGUUUUUUUUCGCACUCUCCAUGGCACAGCAUUAACCAACCUACAAGAGCUGCUACAACGCCAUGAACCGCACCGACGCCUCCGUUCCUUGGACACAAACCUUCUUCGAGUGCCCCUCUCUCUCUCAUCACUCCUUGGGAAACCAAUCUGUCGUUCUGGUGCUUCCCUGUGGAAAUCACGAGCUCCCCAUCAAACUGAAAAAAGAUAUUUCCUUCCACACUUCCAAGAAUGAAUUCAAAAGCCAUCUCCUCGUUCUGGUCCUUCCCUAUGGAAAUCACGAGCUCCCCAUCAAACUGAGAAAAGAUAUUUCUUUCCACAUUUCCUAGAAUGAUUUCAAAAGCCAUCUCCUCUAAUCAGCUGUUUUUCCUUCUGUUAAUUUUUUUUUGUAAAUUCCUAGAUGUUACACCCGUUUCAGACAGGCGCGCUAAGAGUCGCGCCGAACCAAAAAGAUUAGGGGCGACUCUAGGUUGACCAAAAAAAACAUGUGUUCCCGACAGGCGAACUUAAAGGCAGUGAACACUAUUGGUAAUUGUCAAAGACUAGCCUUC